AUUGCAAUGGGAUGUUUGGGGCGUUUUAGGGCUGGUUUUGGGCAGAACCUGACGUUUGUGUUGUGGCAUCAAUUGUAAAAGGGAUGGACUGAUCCCUCAAUAUAUCGUAUGAGUCGUAGUGUGUGUUGUUUCAAGUGUUGGGUAGUGUUGGCCACGCGUUGACUGCCGAUCACUGUUUUACAGUGUUUACAAUGUUUUCAGGGCUGACGAUCAGCUUUUGAUAUCUAAGUUUUGUUUGAUAACAACUUCGGGUCCGAUAACUGUAUUUCAAUCUCGACUAUCAUCUCAACAUUGACCUCCAUCUCUGUAUUUCGGAGCCGUCCUUCCCGGGCGACGACACCAACCUGACCGGAAUGGCCAGUAUGACCAGUGCUAUCGUUCAAAUGGAACACCCGCGACUUGGAGGCAACCCAUUGGCAAUGUUAACAGCACAGUGUAACAAAUUGGCCAGUAAGACACCCCCACCUCUGGCUGAUGCCGCUGUAGGCAAAGGGUUUCAUCCCUGGAAAAAGGGUAGUUCUGGUGGCGCUUUAGGUACUUCUGGUUCACCACCGAACUCGACGACGCCGGCAUCGACUCUACCUCAAAGAGUUCCUACAAUAGCUAAUAAUACUACGACAACCAGUCUGACGAGUUAUACACACCAGCGCCCGGUUGCCGUCACCACCAACUGUGGCAACACCUCAUAUUCAAGUGACAACCUUUUCUAUCCUGGAACUGCUGUUACGUCAUGUGCCGAAAGUGGACAAACAGCCUUCUUGGGAAAAAUGCAUAGCGAGUCAACUCAUUUGGGCUCAAUGUAUCCAAGAGUUGGUGUCAGUGCUCAUCCAUAUGAGAACUGGCCAUUCAAUAUGAAUUCUGGUCAUCCAACUAUCAAACCAGAAGUCACAUCAGUGAAUACACUUAACUCAAGCACGUGGUGGGAUGUGCACGCACAGGCCGCCAGUGCUGCCGUAGCCGGUAAUUGGCUUCAUGACAUGUCUGGUGCUACACCAGCUCUUCACUCUCAACUUCAAACCAAUUACGCGGGUUCUGCUGAUUAUGGACUCGGAUCGUCAUUAGCAGCGGCCACAACUCCAGCACAUUUGUUGUCUUCAGGACAGCACUUACUACAGGACACAUACAAAAUGUUGCCAUCAGCACAAAGUGUGGGCGCCUCACCAUUUGGUCUUUCGCAACCAGCUCUUCCUCAGGUGCCAUCUCCUCGAUCGCAACGCCGCUAUACGGGUCGCGCCACAUGUGACUGUCCCAACUGUCAAGAAGCGGAACGAUUAGGUCCCGCCGGUGCACAUCUUCGCAAGAAAAAUAUUCACAGUUGUCAUAUACCUGGUUGUGGUAAAGUAUAUGGCAAAACAUCCCAUCUGAAAGCACAUCUUCGCUGGCAUACUGGGGAACGACCUUUUGUUUGCAAUUGGCUUUUUUGUGGCAAACGAUUUACACGUUCUGAUGAACUUCAACGACAUCUAAGAACUCAUACGGGAGAGAAACGAUUUGCUUGUCCCGUAUGUAACAAAAGAUUCAUGAGAUCAGACCAUCUAAGCAAACACGUCAAGACUCAUAAUGGCAACGCACCCGACGGUAAAAAAGGUAGUAGUAGUGACUCUGAAAACAGUCAAAGCGAACCUUCUGUCAACUCUAAUAGCAAUGGACCGCAGGGUAACACUCAACCAUUGGGUCCGCCGCAGACUAACCACAACCAGCACAUGACUGGUCACGACAACGCUCAACAACACGACACUAAAGUUGCCAAACUAUGGACUUAAAGUCAUCAAAACAUUAGAUCGAAUUAAUUUUAACUCAUCUAAAAACUCAUGAAAUCAUUGAAAU